AUGUCCAUCGUUAAACGACGUUCUCCAUCGUGUUCCGGUAAUCUUACCACAACUGUUUGGGGUACUCCUUCGAUUCAGGAUUGGAGGAAUAGAUUAAUUCCUUCAUUGUUCAAUACCGCAUGGCAGUUCGUAAGGAACUUAAGGCGAGUAAUUACCCACAUUUGGUGCAUCGGCAUCAACAUCGGAUUCAGGGCACUAAACCAGCAUUAUGCGAGUAGGCUAGAGGAAGGUACCAGCGCUAUUAACUCAGCAAUUUCGAAGGUGGAAAAAACACUCAAUGACUUCACGUCACUUAUCGAUAGGCUUGAACAGCCAUUGAGCAAGGAACAAGAAGACUAUGAAAUGUAUUCUUGCAAAUCUGAAACAGCUCUAUCCAAUGCAUUCGACCUCAUCGUCUUGCUGCAGGCGAGACUUCAGGCAAUAAACUCAUGUACUAAUGUACUAAUACUAAUGUCUCAUGCAUCUCCUUCAUAUUCAAGCGCCGUAAAUGAUGUAAUCGAUAACUCCGCGCCGAUGACUCAGCUACAGACCAAAAGGUUAGAGCUGCCCCCGCUGCCAAUACCGUCCUUUGGGGGAAACAUAUGGGAAUGGGAAAAUUUUUGGGAAAUUUUUAACAACAAUAUUCAUUCCCGAGGAUUACCAGAAAUGGUGAAAUACAAUUGUCUUUUAAAUGCAUUAAAGGGUGAAGCCCGUGAGUGCAUUAAGAAGUUCCAAUUCACGAAGGACAAUUACGCUAAAGCAAUUGAAUUUCUUUUAUCCAAAUACAAUAACAGGGAGAUUCUCAUCAACAACUUAAUUGAGCAGCUGGAUGCGUGCGCAUUACGCAGCCCUUCAGUGAAGGACCAGCGCUCUCUCCCGGAACAGAAACAAGUUAUAAUAACGCAAUUAGCAGAAAAAGGGGAACAAGUCAAUAGUCAUUGGCUCAUCAAAAAAGUAUUAGCCAAAUUUCCAGAUUCUGUCAAACGACGAGUAAUUUCGAAAAAGCAAAGCAGCGAGGCAAACAAUCCGUUUACAGUGGAAACUCUUUUCAAAUACAUAGACGAGAUACUAUCAACGGAAGAGAUGUUUCUAUUGUUCUCGGAAAAAAGGGCUUCCCCAGCGCAAAAAUCGACCAAGCCUAGAGUUGUUAAUUCACUAACACCCAUCUGCAUGUAUUGCAGAGGAAGUCAUACCUCCUUUUCAUGUACAAAGUAUGCAACUCCACAAGAACGUUCUCUGUACUUAAAACAACACCAGUUGUGUAUGAUUUGCGCAUCUACGAAGCACAUCACAAUUGAGUGUAAGGGUCGCCUCUGUUUCAAUUGCAAAGGCGCACACCAUUCAUCAUGCUUCUUCAAACCUAAAGGCUAUUCUAAUCCCUCUCACUCUCAGCAAAGACCAGUGGUUAAGCGAAAUGCACAACCAAUAGCAAAGCCACAUCAGAAAAGUACGGCUAAACCAAGUAAAGCCGCCGUAACUACUAUUCAAUCCAACACAAGAUCUGGGGUAGACAAUAUGACAGAAGAAGAGAAUGAUCCAACAAAAACUAUUUUCAAUACUCAAGUCUCCGACCGUCCAUACCUACUUACUGGCGAAAUCACCGUUAUGGACAUCGAGACAAGGGCCAAAUCAAAAGUGGAUGUCUUGCUCGAUACCGGGGCUGAAACAUCGUUUAUCGACAGCUCACUCGCGAAGAGGUUACACCUACCCAUUUUUGAGCAAAAAACUGUUAGACUACGUACUUUUGGAGCGAAAGAAGCCAAGUGCGAAAAAUGUGGGCUAGUUAAACUGGAAGGAUGGGAUGAAGAAGGAACGAAACAUCUCCUCGAUUUGUUAACAUAUUAA